CUUGACUUUGCGCUUCCGACAGAGAACACAGCCGGAGCUUAGCUUGCCUGGGAAAACCAUGUGGACGAAGGCUUAGCAGUGGUAGAUCUAAAAUGUAUCGGUGAAGAAAUCACUUAGCAGAUGAUCAAUCGCAAUCGAGUUUCGGCGUGUUUAAUCUAUUGCCCGACAUUGGGGAGGCGUUGGGCGGAAGAAUCUGAUUAGGGUUCCGAUGGGCCCUUCCCGAUUCCGCCGGCGCCAACACCCCGCUAAGCCCGAUCCAGUAUCACCUUGCGAGGCCAAGUCGGGCUUCGGCUGUAAUCAGAUCAAAGUCAUGUCAUUCCAUGGUUAUCGAUCAUGGGCUUUCCGAGGAUAAAUUGGCCGGCUCUUGUACGUACAGUGCAACGUCAUGCACACUGAAUCGGUCUUCCCCCUUUCGCGAAGUAGUUCUAUCUUCGACAUAUCGUCAAUAAUAGCCUGCAGCAGCCGACAUGGGUAAUUCAAGAUAUAGCCGUGAAGACGGACGUGAACUUGCUUUGUUGCAACACAUCUCCUCCCUGCCUCACGUAGAAACCUCCCUUCCCGGAAACCCGGAAGCAGUCUUGGCAAAAAUCGACCGAUUUGCUCGGGACCAGGCCCAUCUGAUCCAUAUCGGACCGGAGAAGGGCGCAGUGAUGACAUUUCUAAUUGCAGAACGAAAGCCGAAGAUCAUGGUCGAGCUAGGCGGCUAUGUAGGGUACUCGACCAUUCUCUUCGGUGACGCCGUGCGCCGGCCCGGUGGCAAACACUAUUUCAGCCUAGAGAUCGAUCCUGUCAAUGCGGCAAUUGCAAGCCUCCUAAUCGACCUGGCCGGCUUGAAAGAUUUUAUUAACCUUUUGGUUGCUUCUGCGCAUCUGUCUCUCGCUCGUUGAAGGGCCAGGGCGUUCUUGACGAAGGGACCGAUAUUCUCUUUCUCGAUCACUUCAAGGAUCGCUAUCUUCCUGACCUCUGGCCAGCUGAGAAGUUGGAUUUAUUGGAGCCUAGUAAGUCUGUACUGG